UUCCGGUCAUGCCCCCGAGCUACAGUUAUACUGAUAAUUAUAAGCCUCAAGCUGCAGCCCAUUUCCAUGCUAAUACAACUGGUUCAUGGUCUACUGGCCUUUGUGACUGCUUUUCCGACGUCCCAAAUUGUUGCAUGACAUGCUGGUGUCCGUGCAUAACCUUUGGACAAAUUGCAGAAAUUGUAGAUGAAGGGUCAACUUCCUGUGGAGCAAGUGGGGCACUUUAUGGCUUAUUAGCCUAUUUUACUGGCUGUGCAUGCAUAUAUUCUUGCUUCUACCGUACCAAACUGAGGCAGCAAUACAUGUUACCUGAAAGCCCUUGUGGGGAUUGCCUAGUCCAUUUUUGUUGUGAUUCUUGUGCCUUGUGUCAAGAGUAUCGUGAGCUCAAAAAUCGUGGAUUCGACAUGUCAAUUGGUUGGCAAGGAAAUGUGGCGAAGCAAAAUGGUGGAGUGACAAGUGCACCAAAUUUUCAAGGAGGAAUGAACCGAUAGGGACA